UAUCAAUCCGAAGUAGUUUGUAGAUUGAAUCAGUGACUGUCUGAAUUGGAAGAUACAAGUUGUGUAAUAGCAAGGUGAUACAGUGGGCAACGUGAACUUUCGAGUGUGUUUAUAGGACUUUUCAUUCCACUCUUUUCCCAAGUUUACAGCCCUUUUUGUUGAAGAAACGGUCAAGAGAAACAUGCACAAAGUGUUCCUCGUGUUGUUUUUAUUUGCCUCCGUCUACUCUGAGUCGGUGCGGGAGACUGAGACAUGGAUGCCCAUGAAGACGACCCAAGCCGCGUCGCACGACGAGCUUGUUGCGUCUGGUGACGCCCCCAACGGCUCCGACUUUGGCUUCCCCGAUGAGGAACACGACACAUUUGACAAUGAGGAUGAAACGGAUGAUGACUUCUCUGGCUCUGGAGAUGGAGUAACUACUAUAACAAUCAAAAAUGACAAUACCAUGACAAAGCCUGACAUGAAUGACAACAAGAUUCCAGACCUGGACAUACCCCUGAGGACCAAACACACACCGAAUGAGAUUGAACUGGUCCAGAAGAACAAUGAAGUGUCAGUGCGGGGUGCUCCCAAACCCGAGGAGUACCCAUCAAACGUACUGAUGGCCCAUGCGGGGGAGGAGAGCAUCUUCAGAAAAACAGAGGUCCUUGCAGCUCUGAUUGCUGGUGGAGCAGUGGGGCUGCUCUUUGCAGUUUUCCUCGUCCUUCUGCUCAUCUAUCGCAUGAAGAAGAAGGACGAAGGCAGCUACGAUCUGGGAAAGAAGCCCAUUUACAAAAAGGCUCCGACAACGGAGAUCUACGCCUAAAGCCCACCUUCGUCGGGCCCCCUGCCUGCUCUCCAGUGCCUCUCGAAAGCAAACCUAUCCUCUUGCCUGCUUACUGUCAAGCUAGGAAGUCCCAGAGGGGGAGAACACCAAACAAACUGCUUUUCCUAUUCCACCACAAGUUCGGAAUCAACAUUUUAACUGUCAGUCCCGUCCCCCCUCCCCCUCCCUUUUUUCCCCUACAGGAAAGAUAUUGGGUGAAAUCUUGACUUUUCUCUCCCACACUGUUUUAUGACACUAACAAGGUGCAAUGACAACUUCACUCAGUGAGGUGACAUGGUACAGAUAUUUAUUUUCCUCCCCCUCUGCUCUGAACCUUGGUACCCAUAUACUGGUGCUACAGAAGUCUGUUACUGUAGCAUUUUCUUUUACAAUAUUUUAAAAAAAGAAUCCCUGUGUAGGGAAAUCAUGACGGGUUCUGUUUAGAUUCAAAUGUAUUUUGUCAAACAGAUUAAGUCUGAAGUGAAUUCCAGAUUGAUGAAAAUACCUUGAUACAUGCUACUCUAUAAAUAUAGCAGGGGCCAAGCUUGAUUCUCCAGGCUGUUUUAUUUGGACAGUACAGAAAUCAACAUGCUUUUAUUCCUAGGACAAAUCGCUGUGUGAAUACACCCACUCCAUCCACACACCACAAUUAUUUGUAAAAACGAGCAACACAACGACACAUACAUGAUUGGUGAGCUCAGUUUGUCAGACCUCAUCUCAGUGAUUUACAAUGCUUGUAAACUAAGCUAUUUGAACAGAUUAUGGUUUAUCGCUGUUGACAUAAAACAAUUAUCACUGCACAUGGACUGUACGCUUCAAGGGAUCUGUACAUAGCCAUUUUAAUAAAAUUCUGAACUUGGAACUUA